CGAGAAAGCAAUGAACGAAUCGCCUAUGCUAUGCCAUAUUUGCGUACGGUCCGCCAUUUGUAAUUUGUUUACAAAGCAGGAGCACUGUGUAUAUGCGCGUUUUCGUAUGAUUCUGUGUACUUCUGAGUGCAAUAAUUAAUUUUGUUAAUGAAUUCAAAUAUUUUGUGAUAAUCGUGCAGUGCUCUUUUUAUUUUGAUAGUAUUUAUCGUUUGUGAAGUGCAUUUAUCGUCACUAGUGCAUUUAUUUACGUUUUAAACGAAAAGUUUAGGCGGGAAACGCAGUUCCUUGAUAUGGUGGCUAAUUUGGUAUUGAAACAUUGAUGUUCGUGAUUGAAAUAUUUGUUUGCCGUUUGACUGUAUUUUUAUCGGUUGAUUGGUUGUGACUGAAUUAUUCUUUCAGUAAUUAUUUUUUCGUGUUAAUGAGAACGUAAUACUUCAAUUUGUUUGCAUUUCGAAAGAAAACUAUGAUGGCAACGGAUACUCAGUUAGAAGCUCAGCGAUUAGUGAGUAUUUCUUUGUCAAAGAUGGCUCAGUCUCGAACUCAAAGAACUGGCAUUAGUCUGCAUAAGAGUUUAUUGGUAGCCACAGUCUUACAAAAAGCUAGAUUUCUGUGUAUGGAGGAAGUGUUUCGAAUGGUUCAUUCAACGGCUCCGUAUCAAAACAACUACAACAAUGAUAAUAUCGAAGAACCGUCUUAUGAUUUCGAUGAUGAAGAAAGUCUAAUCGGUUUAACUCCUGAGGAAGCUGGCAUCACGAAUCAGGAUUCUGUUAUUCUAGGAUAUUCUGAACUAAGCGGUGAAGAUGAAACCGAUGCCAGCACACAAAAUGACUCUAAACAAAAUGCAGCGUCUAUAUGUGAUAAAGAAAAUUUGGCACCAGAAGGUCCUACUUAUUUUGAUCUAGAUAAAUCACCAAAAGAUCAAGUUUUUCGCGAUAGAUCUUCUAGCAUUACGUAUUCGCAAUCAUCUUCGUAUUGUAAAAGCCUAAAACGAAGAAGAGCGGUGUGUGAUUCCGAAACUGAAGAAGCGGUGCAGUCCAUCUUACCUAAGAAAACUAGAAUCCAUAGUUUCGAUUCCGAUUGCGAAGAUUUAGUGUUCAGUGAUGAUGAUCAGUUCUCAAAUGAUGAUAAUUGUUCUGUCGAUGACGAUUUAAGCGGUGCCAAGUCCAUGGAUAUCGAUAGGAUUACCAGUUUAGUAUCGAUAUUUAGCUUUGGUGGAAUAUCAUCGUCGUCAUCUACCAUUAAUUCCAAUGAGUGCUCUUCGUCCAAUUCUAACAGUAAUUCGUUCGGUGGUCUUACCAGAUCUUCUUCUACACCAGACUUAUGCUCAGCUCAAGCUAAAGAAAGUGGCACAAUUCAACAAAGUCCAUUUAUUGCUAUGACAGUAUAAUGAAAAGUUGAACGUGAAAUUUAAUUUUUUUGAGUGUUUUUCCUUUUUGUUUCUUAGGUCUUGUUUCUUUCUUUUAAAUAUUCGUACUUUUUGUACCUCGGAAUUCAGAUAAUUUCUGUACGUUUUAAUUUGUUGAAUACGAAUGUCUGUCUGGUAAUUUCAUGGGCGAUAUUAGUUUAGGUAAAGUGCCAAAGGUGUUGUAAUGUUAGAAGCCUUCAUCGAUAUGAUUCGAUCAAAUGAUCAUUUCUCAUAUUAUAAAUCUCAAGUACAUAUUUGAAUUUCUGGUUUCUGUAUUUGGAAAAUUCGUUUCAGUUUUUUUUUUCAAUUUAUAAUUUUUGUAUGGAAUUUACUUGAAGGAAAUUUUACACAAGUAAAAGCGAAUUAUGAAACUCGACACAGCAUUCGCCUAUACUUCAAAGUUACCAUGAAAGGCCUUUUAAUAUAUUUUUUUAUUAUUAAUUUAGUGUUAUCGUGUAAUCAUAUUUUUAUGUUGUUUCAAAUGCUCGCGAAAUUUUGUCUCAAGGACAAAUUUUAAUUUAGUAAAUUAUUUGCUUAGAUACAUAUUUUGAUUUUUGAUCUUGAAUGAAAUGAAUAUUAUUUCAUGUUGAGAUAGGAAUUUUGUUUUCAUUGUAAAUACUGUCCUCUUUUUUCGUCGUUUAUUUCACAAUUUCUGAAGUGUCAAUGUGUUUUUCAUCUUCCACGUUGAUUGCAUUUAUGAGCGUUUUGUGGAAUUUUAUAAUUUUUUAAAAAUGUUGUCAAUGAAAUUAGAAGAUAGUUUUGUUAGUGAUGAUUGAGUUGAUUAUUAUUUCAUCAUCGACAUUUGUUUUGUGAAUUUAUCGCUAUCUUGAAGCGUUUACGAUGUAAAAAUGACUGCUCUUUCGAUCGAAGACGGUUAUUAUGAAGGUGCUUUAAUCUAUUAGGUUAUUGGUUUAUAUUCUUCUGUCUUCUUUUUGUUCAUUUCUGUAUUCGAUGUUUCGUUUUAUUGCGUACGUUAAUUGUUAUCUGAUCUCAUCAAAUUUGAAAUUUCAUACUUCGUUUAAACGAAACCAUAUUCAAAAUUCUCAUGGCUGUCUAAUUCAGAGUUUCAUAAGGAGAAGGGACCACUAUUACAAAAUUAACAGUACAAAUUCGAAGACCUUUAAAGCAUUUUUUGUUUAAAAAAUUUUGUGACAUGGAAAUUUUUGACUUUUGUAUUUCAUAGGAAAUUAUUUUGUCCUCUUUAUUCAGUAUGAUAUUUCGUUUUAUAUGUAUUUGUAGAUAAGCGGUUUUAUAUAUUGCGCGUUCAUAAAUGAAAUUUGUCAAUUUUUGAUGAAAAGAACAUCAUUUUUACAAUUAUUGUGUUCCUUGUAAUUUGAAUUUUGUAUAGUAAUUUACGUUACGUGUUCGUUGUGAAUUUGUCAACCAUAAAACAAGCAGAA